GUCAGUUGUUAACUGUCAAGUUGGAAUCACAAGCGACUAUCAAGAAAUAAAUAAUUGAUAAUUUCUCUAUUUUAGGUAUUUAAAAUAAGUACACGUAUCAUAAUUUUUAAAAGUAUAUAUUACACUAAAACGUAGAAAAAACCACAAGUAUGUCGAGGCAAACAUCUCGGCUUGAUGCUAAGAAAGUGAAUUCCGAGUUACUGACACUUACUUAUGGAGCCCUAGUAUCGCAAAUGUUAAAGGAAACGGAGAAUAAUGACGAAGUAAAUAAACAUUUGGAACGCAUCGGAUAUAAUAUGGGCGUACGCUUGAUUGAGGACUUUCUUGCUCGUACUUCGUCUACUCGUUGCUUGGAGAUGAGGGAGACUGCGGAUAAAAUUCAACAAGCUUUCAGGUUGUAUCUCAACAUGCAGCCAACUGUAACCAGCUGGAGUAGUGCGGGAGAUGAAUUCUCUCUGGUCUGGGAUCAAUGCCCUCUCAGCGAGUGGGUGGAGAUACCAAACUCGGGUCUUAAGUAUUGUGCUCUGAUACCUGGAGCAAUACGAGGUGCGCUGCAAAUGGUACAGCUAGAAGUUCAGUGCUGGUUUGUACAGGAUCAAUUAAGAGGUGAUGCUGUGACUGAACUACGAGUGAAGUACAUUAAGAGAUUAGAAGACGCCGUACCCGCGGGAGAAGACUAAAUUAUAUGUUAUCUAUAAAUAUUGUAUUUUUAUUAUAAUCAAAAAUAUUCUUUAAAUUUAUUGCGCAGUUGAAUGUAGUCAAACUAGAGCACAUAGUUGAUGUUAUAGCUUAAUUUUUAGUAUGAAAAUAACCAAUAAAUGCUCCCACUUAUUAAGGGCCUUCCUUAAUGUACAUUUAGCGUAGAAAAUCUACACUAAGCGACUGUUAUGUAGUCAUUAAAAGACUUAAGUGCGGAAAUUUGUUUUUCGUAUUUUUAGCAUUAAUUAUCUAUGAUGUCAGUUUAUUUUAAACUUGAGUGAAAGGAAAGUGAAAUUCAAUAAAGAUUUUAUUAUUUUAAUUU